AUGGCCGACGCGAAGGGCUCGUCCGCCGGCGGCGCCGGCGCAGGCAACGGCAGGGCCUUCACGCAAGAGCAGUACCAGGCGUUGCUGGCGUCCAUCCACAGGACCGCGCCGAGCGCCGCGAACGUGCACCACCAGUACCCUGCCGGCAUGAUCCCCACGCCGGCGGCAAUGCCGGUGCCCGUGCCACGCCCCACGUACUCCCCACAGAUCGCCGUGCCGCCACCCCCACCACAGCUCGCGCCACUACCGCCGAAGAACCGCGCGCAGUCCCAGCCGACCCCCGGACGCUACCAGAGUUAUUCUCCCUACGGCAACACUGGAUCAUUGCAAUAUCAAGGAGGUUUUGCGGACUGGAGAAUGCAAAACAAUGCACUCAUGUCUUUCGCUCAUGGCACUACCUUCAGCAGCAGCAGCAGCUAUGGCUUUCAUCAAAAUGUGUCCCCGACAACCAAUACAUGGACUAACAAUUAUGUGCCGACGAACCCUUACUGCACUAACUAUGGUCCUGCAACAACGGAUGUGCUUCAAGCUCCUUCCUUUCACAACAACAACAAUCAUGUGAAAGACGAUUCAGGGUUUGCGACAAGCUUUAAGGAGGCUGCACCAGCGGUACCUGCUUCACCUUUUCAAUUGAUGUCUCCAAAACCGACCAACUAUUCUUCUGCUCAAAUAUUCAAUGACGUCCAUGUCGAUAAUUUAGAGGAUACAACAAGCUUUUUUGGAAGUGGAGAGAUCGAGAGUGACUACAGUGAGGAACAGGAACCCACUCCAGUUACGGAGGCCGAGAACGUGAACGAGGGAAACGGGAACAUCACUGCAAUGAAUAACAUAGUCAACUGUCGAGACUACUGCACUGUCUUGCGCAAGGGCUUAACAAACAGUGAUGUUGGAAACAUUGGAAGAAUUGUGGUGCCAAAGAGGGAUGCGGAGGCUAAUCUCCCAGCCUUGGCUGAAAAGGAUGGCAUGAUACUGGAAAUGGAUGACUUGGUGCUUCCAGCUACAUGGAAGUUUAAGUUCAGGUUCUGGCCUAAUAAUAAGAGCAGAAUGUAUGUCUUGGAAACUACUGGUGAAUUUGUUAGGAGGCAUGGCCUUAAACAAGGGGACAUCCUUAUCAUCUACAAAAACAAGAACACAGGCAGAUAUGCUACCCGUGCGGUGAAGGCCAUCCAGCUUAGCUCCACCAUGGAAGAGCUGGAAUGCGAAUGCAUCAAUGAAGGGAACACCAGUGAAGAGUGCGGGUUCGCCUUGAGCUCUCGGCCCAAGAAGACCUGAUAGAUGGAGCUUCAUGUCUCGAGAAAGCAUCGUCGAGGGCAUCCAGAACUGUUGUGAGGUUGUAUCAUUGAAACUGAAUUCAGGCUGGACUUCCCUAGGCCUGUAGAACUGAUAGAUCCGUCCGAAAGAACAUCAAUUUUCUGUGUUGUUUGUCGGUAACUAUGCCGUUUCAUGUAGCUUGUGGUGAAUGUCGUUGCUUUGUAUAUGUACAUAUUCCGUAUCUGGAUAAUCCUGCAGGAAACAGAAUAAUGUGAUCGUGGGUGUUGUAGCUGCACUCCUUCAUUUGGAUGAUUUUGGUUUUGCAGAGAUGUGGUCUAUGGUCUAUGGGUUUGCCAACGGUGCUGCCGUAGAUAUUUACUUCUGUUGAUAUUCAUAUCUGAAGUUGUAGAUGUUUUCUGGG